AAGAAUCUAUGGCACUCCUGCACCUAUAAGACAUCUUAUGGAACGAAGUAUUGUAUCUAGGGUGCAACGUCUACCGGGUUUACCAUCAUCUAAUUUUGGAUUAGAAAUUUUGAUGGGCAAAGAUGAAACGAUUGAAUUUGAAGAUUUCUUGAACGGCAUAUGGUAG